AUGAGCCUGGCACCAGUGCCAGACGAAGCGUAUGCUCAAAUCGCAAAUGAGACCAGAGGUCACUAUCUCGUUGGGAUGGACCCACUCGAAUUCUUAGACAACUUUCUUCCCUGGAACGAGAACACACCAACACAUUAUCAACAACAAGUUGUAAGCGAAACUAGAGAAAACAACCUCAAAUCUGUACCGCCAGUCAAGGGCGCAAGGCAUCCAGAACGUUCUAUGUAUAAGCACUAUGUCGACGCUUUGGAUGACUGGGUCAAUGGAAUUGACAACAGUCAGAAAUUGCGGUUUGCGCACUUCAAAAAGCCCGAUGUUGAUUGCGCGUCAUUGAAUGUGGGCGUGUCUACGUAUUGGCAGUCCGAUUUUCCAUCUGUACCUUCGAAGGGUUCAUGCGCAUUUUCUCUUCAACAAACACACGAGGAAUUUAGAGUAGAUCACACGUACGACGCAUUUUCUCAUGUUAACGACGAAAAACCGAACACCGAGAACCCCAACGAGAACGCUACUGGUGACCAAGAUCCUUCCAACUCUGCUAGUGCUGAAGACGCCUCCCAAAAGAGUGCCAAGGAGGCAAACAAGCCCGCUAGUUCUCUCGACGUUGUCGAUAAAAUUGCAGGAGAUGCUGAAACCUUCAACGAAGAUCUCGGUGAUGUUUCUGAAGAGAGUGCUGAACACGCGCCGCCAAAGGAUUCUCAUCACGACCACGUUAACAAUGAACUACUAAAGAACAAAUACCCGUUCAUGGACGUUAUUGGUUAUUGGGAUUCUUCCAUUUCUACUAGCAGUGCUAAUAGCACCGGAAAUGGGGCCGGGAAUGCAGACAAGCCUGCUAACUCUCUCAGCGUUGUCAACAAAAAAGGUGAUUCUGAAAGCUCUGAAGAGGGUGCUAAACACGCCCCGUCAAAGGAUUCUCAGCACGAGUUGAAAGAGGAUGCCAAACAGCCUACUGUGGUCGAAACCGCGGACACCUCCAAGCAAUCUGCGAGUUCUCGCGCUCUGGUCUCCGAAGUUGAGAAAGACACACAGCGUGCGAUCCGUACGCGUGGUCAAAUUGCCGCCUAUGCUGGUGUAGCGAUGUCUAUGUCGUUCAGGUCCCAUUUCUUUUCCUUGUUGAUUCUGGGGGAAUUCGCGCGGUUCAUACGAUGGGACCGUCGAGGCGCCGUCGUUAGCACCCGAUUCAACUACGUCAAACGACCUAGUUUGAUCUUUGGGUUCUACCUUCGCUUUGGACAACUGUCACUCCGCCAACGGGGAUUCGAUACCAAUGCCGUUCGGGUUCCGAGCCAAACGCUUCCUGAGGAUGUGGCGAGUGCUUUUGAUAAUUAUUACGAGCGGUCCUGGCAUGAAGGUGCGAAAUUCAGUCAUCACAAGGACAAUUUGGACGGCAGGCCUCGAAGACGGGCGAAAGAGUCAAAAUUUCAUCGCGUCACUGUCAAUGAUUCUACUAUAAAUCAAACCGAAUCAUUUUUUGUCCCAGCACCUGUAUACAGGCCUAGUGUCAUCAACCCUUUCACCCGCGGCUCUAGACGAUCACUGGCCUAUUUAGAUCAUCCAGACAAGACAGAGAGAAAAAUGUGCUUCAUGAAGGAUUCGUGGCAGGAGGAUUCGGCGCGGACAGCGCCUGAAGCUGAUAUAUAUCGCAGACUUCACGAACACGGAGUUCCGAAUAUUGCGUCCAUGCGCCUUGGCGACGACGUUGCUGAUAUGCAGACUGAGACGCAGGAAUGGUGGGGCAGUCUCAACCAUAGUGGACGAUUCAAGCGUUUUGGAUUUGGAUAUAUGGUUUGCCAUCGUCUUGUGCUCAAUACCGUUGCUCGAGAUUUGUCGACGUUCACUUGGUGCAAGGUUCUCCUUUCAUGUCUUGCGGAUGUUGUUGAUGCCGCUCAAGCAGCCUUCAAGGCAGGCAUUUUACACAGAGACAUUAGCGCGAGUAAUAUUAUGAUCGUGAUGGAUAAGGAGACAAAGGAAUGGAGAGGAGUUCUCAUUGACUGGGAUAUGUGUUUGCUUCUUGAGAAGCGUGAAAAGCAUUUGCAAAAAACAGGUACUUGGGGUUUUAUUUCUGCGAGGAUUUUGCAGGCGCGUUCCUCUGAGCCCGUCACGCACUCCCUCGGGGAUGAUAUGGAGUCCAUCUUUUGGGUUCUCGUAUACCAAGUCCUCCGGUAUACUCGUCAUAGAGAUAGCCCUUGCCAACUAUACCACAAGAUGGAUAGGCUCUUUAACGAUUCAGUCACAACCGAAAACAACGAGGUUAUCGGAGGGUCUGUAAAACGUGUCACCAUUUUGGACUGUUCCGUCGGAAACGUCGACAAAGCCUUGGGCAAUUUCCAGGUGACUGACCUGGUUGAUGUCUUCACCGUUAUCUGUGAACAGUUUCAAUCCCGUUACCCCCAUGGCCCCAGAAAAGGCAGAAUGCGUGAAUUCUUGAAAAUUCAGCCCACCGCUGCUACUAUUCCAACUGUUCAAGUUGAUUGGGAUAGCCCAGACGAGAAGUGGUUUUCGACUCUUCUACGACGGGCAGCUGAAUUAAUGCAGCCACUUGGUGUAACCCCUACCGCAUUAGAGUCACCAAGCAAUGAUUCCAAGCCACCAAUCGACCCCACGUUAUGGAAACGAGCUAAGAUCAGUCGUUAUCCGCCCGAUUAUUUUGAAAUGCCAUGGUGGAAAGACAAAACCAAGUCCACGACAGCCAACGAAAACAGCUAUAGUAAGAUUGUUACUAGCUCUCAAAUGAACCACAUAGAUGGACUCUCCGCCAGUUUGCGCAAGCGCCCUCUCGAAGUUAACAACGAUGACGGACGUCUGACAGACGGUGACGCGAUAGACAGAGCCAAAAGACAGCGGCAGCGGUGA